CAUCCCCUCCCUCGCACCGCCUCAUCCCCCCUCCGUCAUGUCCUUCUCCCUCCGUCAUCCCCCCCAUCUCACCCCGCCCCGGAGAUGAAUACGCCCCCUGCCGCUCUCGACAGCCGUCCAUGAACCAUCCCUUAGGCGAUGACAGCGCACCCGGCUCCCCUCCGACACCGCCGUUUGCCCCCCGAGGAGCAUGCCCCUCAAGCAUGUCCGGGGGUCUGGGAACGCGUCUACAGGAUGUCUGGUUGUUUUUCACCCAACGUCCUCACCCCGCGCGCCCCCUCCAUGGCCAGCCCCCUCCCGCGGGAGGAUGGCGGCCUGUUGCCCUCCGUCCGGCGUAUCUCUUCGUGAUCGCGACGGUCAUGUUUGCGAUGCUCAUCACCCUCGACGUCCUCCGACGAUAUAGCGACCAAUAUGGGGGGUUGUACUUUUUCCCGGACACCGACAACGUGUCCGACGCCCAGUCCUUCGCCUACAACUACCUUCCUAUCAUCGCGGCCCUGGUUCUUGUCACCCUCUGGUCCUUCAUCGAUUACGAUGUGCUUCGCCUAGAACCAUACUUCCAGCUCUCGCGACCGGAGGGUUCGCCGGCUUCCGUCCUGUUCAUCAACUAUAACUUCGGCCAGUCCUUCCUCACCCCGCUCACCUCUGCCAGACGAGGCCACUGGAUCGUACUGGUCGUCUCCAUCGCGACCCUCUUCAUCCGGAUGUUCCUGCCAGCCCUGCAGAGCACGCUCCUCGAACUUCGGGAACUCGAUAUCCUGUCGGACGAACAGAUCAAGACGUGGCCGGAGCUGCUGGAUCUACACACGCAGGCGGUUUGGAUUAUGGCGCAGCGAAGCAACCAGACGUUAGCGAUGGACUCCGUUCUCACCGCCCGGGACAGCCUGCGAAGCACCCACUCCGCCAGUUACGCUGUCGCGCCCGUCGAGAUCACCCUAGAGGACCGCAGGGAAAGCACUGUGUGGAUGCUCAACCAGACGAUCUACUGGGCUCAGCUGUCGUGCCAUAAUGUUCUCGCCGAUGACCACCUCUCCGUCUCUGUCAAUGAUACGGCAAACCCGUCCACGCUCUCAUGGAAUAUCACCGGCGUGCAGAUGCAGGAUGUUGACGGCACGGAUCAACAGUGCACCCUGGACUUCAACUACACGAACAUCUACUUCCCCACCACCGACUAUCUGCAGGUCCGCUACUGGGAACCCGUCUGGCCGAAUAGGACGCAAUCCAAGCAUCCUCAGGGGAACGCCUUCACUGCCCACGGCUGCGAUGAUCCAUACGACCUCUACGGCAUUGUCAUUUCAGUCAACGCGACGGAGGCUGGCGUUGACAGCAUCAGUCAGCUUAGCUCGGAGUCCACCUCGUCGGCCGGCAUAUUUGGUUGCAAGAUCGACUACCGCCAGGCCGAGGCCCGCGUCUCCAUGCAUACCAACAGCUCCAUCACCAGUAUCUACAGCUAUCCGGGCAGUCAGCGCGAACUGUCCACAGAUCAGUUCAACAUCGAUGCCUUCCAGGGAUUACUGGCUCAGCGAGCCCCGUACACGGGAGACAUGCUCUUCAUCGAACGGAACGAGACGACCAACGAUACCACAGUUACGGAGCUCCCGGUCAUCAGUCAAGACCUUGGUGAUCUCGAGCCGCUUCUCGUGCUGGAUGCCUCGACAGUAAUGACCCCGGAUGAAUUUGAGACCAAGGUCACGCGGAGCGUGGUGGAGACGUUUGUGCUCACCAUGGGCCGCUUGUUCAACCCAGACCAAGACCCGACCAGUGUGCCGGCGGAGCGGUUCUCGACGCAGGUGGCGAUCGCGGUGGUCUCGUUCGCUUCCUGGUGGUCCGAGAUGAUAUUAGCUGUCGGCAUUGUCCUCACUGUCUGUCUCAUCUACUUGUACGGAACGCGACCCAACGUCCUUCAGAACGACCCCAGCUCUAUCGGAGCCAUGUGCAGCAUAUUAACCGAUAUAUUUGGGCCGUCCAACGUCCUCACCGAUCCACAAUCGGAGUUCCACCAGUUCUCGACGCGGCAGCUGCGCCAGAUGCUGCGAAACUGCCAGCUUCGAUGGCAGCCGGGACCUACGGGACCCCGGCUCGAGAUCGUAACCGCAGAUGGGUUACCCGUUCGCCUUGGUGAGCAAACCCGCACCCGUGUCGACCCGAUGCCGCAUUUCCUGGUCAUCCCGAUUUUUAUUAUCGAAUUCCUUUUCCUGGCUGCCGUCAUCGCCGUCAUGGGCGUCGUCGCGGCGUCUUUGGCGCACGACGGUCGACUGCAACACCUCUCUCAGUCGAGCUCGAGCUUCCUGCAGGUCGUUACGUCAUUCCUGCCGUCUAUGGUCGCGUCCUCCGUGGCGGCGCUGUGCAACUCCAUCCUUCGCAACAUAAGCAUUCUAGAGCCAUGGGUCCAUCUCCAGCGCGGCAUGGCUGUCGCUCGAAUGUCGCUGUCCAUGAACUAUGCGUCGCAAACGCCCUGGUCAGUUCUGAGCAAAGCCAUUCAGAACCGUCACCUCUUGCUAGGCUUGGUGUCGUUUGCAUGUGUCGCCAACAUCCUGUUGUCGGUCGUUGCCGGUGGUCUGUUUACUCAGAGACUGACGCAGUCGUACCUCCCGUCGUCAUCGCUGUAUCAGAAUUAUAGCACCUCGCUGUUCCGCCGGACGGACUUUGCGCCUGACUUUACCGAAUUCGAUCUCAUCCAGACCAGCGUCACCAGCGGGGUACCCAUGCUCUCGUGGAUGGCCCCGAACUACUCGUUCGUCCCGAUCAAGAACACGGACCCGGACCCGGACGUACUGUACGGGGCGACCACCCUUGGGGUCGGGAGCGAUCUGGACUGCAAGGCGCUGCAAAUACCGCAGGAUCUGCAGCAGGAAGGCGACGAGACGUACUGGGUGUACCGACCGUCCCGCGACGUCAGUCGGCAGUGUAUGGUGAACAUGACGGCACUGGUGCGCCCCAGCGAGGCGAUUGCGCUUUCCAUCCAUUUCCUUUCUCCCAUUGCGGAGUCAGACGCGGACCUGUGUCAGAUGUCCUCGGUGGUGGUGGUCGGACGCUGGGACUACACGGCGGAAUCGCCGUUCACCGACAACAACACGAUCGCGCUGCAGUGUGAACCCCGCCUGCAGAUGAGGAACUUCUCGGUGACCUUCGACCGACGGGGCCAGAUUUCUGACAUGAACCCACUCGCCGGGACGGCGAUCACCUCGGGUGCCAUGUACGACAACGCCACGGUUGCCCUGGGCCAGUUCAACAAGAUCUUUGCGGCGAUCCCACAGAGUUUCGUCGGGGAGGAACCGGGGCGCAAUCGAUCGUACGUGUCGUCGUACGACUGGGCGGGUUUCCUGGUGGCCCGUCUCUACAAGCAGCACCAGAAGAUUGUGCCCCUGCAGGCGUCGGAGCUUAUAGCGCAGUCGCAGAUUGUCUAUCAGUGGGUGUACAGCACAUACUUUUCGAUCUGGAGGAACAUGUAUCUGGUGGCGUUGGACGAGAUGGCUCCCGCAGCCAAUGCCACGGUGAUCUCGAACACGUGGAUGAUGGUCCCGUCGGUGCCGUCCCUGGCCAUGGCACUGAUCAUCAUCGCGUUGGACACGCUGGUGGUGCUGGUGGUGUUCGGGACGCGCCGGGGGCGGUUCAAGGGGCCGCGGAUGCCGCGGUCGAUCGGGGCGAUCAUCCCAUGGAUCGCGCACAGCCGCAUGCUCAACGACUUCCGGAACACGUACUCGUGGACGAACGCGCAGCGCCGGGCGCAUCUAGCCAGUCUGAACAAGCGGUACGGGUUCCGGAUGUUCCUGCAGGCGGAUGGGCGGUGGCGGUUUGCGGUGGACGAGGAAACGGUUGAUCUGGAGAACAAGCCGGAGGACGACGCGACGAAGGGCCCGGAGGCGAUUGAGCUGCGGUCUUUGGACGGGCUCGAGCCGGAAACUACGAAUAAUGUGAUAUGACUGAUGUAAUAUAUAAUGGGUUAGACUGGUGGAGUUAUGUACAUAGGACAGGAUUUGGUCUAGGGUUGGGAUUCCGGGUUAAAAAUAUUGUUACGUGAUCAUCAUAUACAGUGACAGACUGGGGUUGAAGCAAAUUAAAU